AUGACACCUUUAUAUUUUGAUAACCUCAAAGGAGCUGAUGACCGAAGCACCAAGCCAUCGCACCGACGAGUCAUCCCAGGCGUAGCACCACCCGAGGGCAACUCGUCCGCACCAGGCGAAGCACGCCUAUCAGCACAAGAGGGUCCCCUGCUACCAUCGUCCACCGCAAACAAUCGAACACGCCCCAGGCAGCCCACAGAACCCUCGUCCAAAAUCGGCUGCAGCUCCCCGACCAUGCCACAAAAGCCUGGACCCAAGCCCACACCGGAGCAACAGACACCGCAGGCCCCGGGUCAGCAAACGCAGCCGCACCAACGUCCACAGCAUCGGAGGAGAAGUACACCGCAGGAAGAUCCAAACCAGCCCGGUGAGUGGGCAAAGCUAAAGGUCUGA